GGGAGGGGGGCUCGGGCUGGGGAGGCUUCCUGGAGGAGGCGGGAGGCGCAGGUCGGGGCAUCCCUGGGACUGGGGCCUUGCCCCUCCUUGCUGCCCGGGACGGUGACGAGUUCGAGUUCUGGGUUUGUCCAGCCGCUCAAGCUGGCGCGGCCGCACCCCCACGCCCGUCUCUGAGAGGCUGUGCCACGGUGGGGCGGAGGGCCGCCGCCUCCCCGCGGAGUGACUCUGACCCGACCAGGAGGCGGGAGCCCUGCGUCUGGUCCUAGCUCAUGCCCAGACUUGUGGCCCACUCUUGAGGGCCAUGCCCAUGCCCUGGCUUCCCCCCGACUCUUGUAUGUCGGAGCUGGGUCGGGGAAAGAGCUAAAGGAAGAAGUUGAGGCUGGAGGUCUUGUCUUGGCAACAGAGGGCUGCCCGGAGCUGAAAGAGCAGCCUCUGGCUAAAAUGACCGGGGUCCACCUCGUACCUGCUGCCGGGACUGGCAAGCAGAGGCACUGAGGUGUGACCGAACCCCAGAACUCCAUGGUGUCUUGUUCGAGCUCGGACACUUAGGGCGACAUUAGUAAUUCAUCACAGUCACGCGGGGGUCAUCAUCCCUCGGAUCUCCACCAAGUGCGGGAAGCCGCGGGGCCAUUUCUGCAUCCCGGCACUCCGAGAGCUGUGCCCGUUACCCAUUUGGCUAGAAGAAGCGCGCGCUGCACGCGGCCUGGCAACAGCUCCGGCACUUGCCCCGCUGCAAGCGCGCGCCCAUCUCCUCCUGCCCCGCGGGUUCCAGCCUGGGAGUCACCAGCCCAGGUGAAGGCCCCUGUUCCACACUCUCGAGUGGCUCUGGGGGGCACCACGGGCCCCACGCGGGGCGGAUUCAACCCCACACGGUUCAAUCUCAGCCUCAGCUAUCAACCGCGCGAUGCUGGACAGGUCACUCCACCUCUUGAGCCCCCAACGUCUCCAUUUAUAAAGGGGACAAGAACAAUGGCGGCCGCGCGGGGUUUUGGAGGGUCCACUGGGCAGACGUAGCGGUUUUAGCGCAGGGCCUUGGCAUAGUAGAUGCUCAGUGAACGGUUCGUCUGUCGGCAGUUGCUCAGUGCGCCAGGGCUGGGAAAGGAAGGGGUGCUGCAGGGACAGGCCUGGGACGGGGCGGGCGACAGAGACCUCGGGUCUGCGCGGCAGAGGGGCCCCGCAGGCGCUGAGCGCCGCCCGCCGCCGCAGGUGUUCUCCAUCGCCGUCUUCGGGCCCAUAAUCAACGAGGGCUACGUGAACGCCGACAGCGGCCCCGAGCUGCGCUGCGUCUUCAACGGGAACGCGGGCGCCUGCCGCUUCGGCGUCGCGCUCGGCCUGGGGGCCUUCCUGGCCUGCGCCGCCUUCCUGCUGCUCGACGUGCGCUUCCAGCAGAUCAGCAGCGUCCGCGACCGCCGGCGCGCAGUGCUGCUCGACCUGGGCUUCUCAGGGCUCUGGUCCUUCCUGUGGUUCGUGGGCUUCUGCUUCCUCGCCAACCAGUGGCAGCGCACGGCGCCCGGGCCCGGCACGGCGCAGGCAGGGGACGCGGCGCGGGCCGCCAUCGCCUUCAGCUUCUUCUCGGUCCUCAGCUGGGUGGCGCUCACCGUGAAGGCCCUGCAGCGGUUCCGCCUGGGCACCGACAUGUCACUCUUCGCCACCGAACAGCUGAGCGCUGGGGCGGGCCAGGCCUACCCCGGCUACCCUGUGGGCAGUGGCGUGGAGGGCACCGAGACCUACCAGAGCCCGCCCUUCACCGAGACCCUGGACACCAGCCCCAAAGGGUACCAGGUGCCCGCCUACUAGUGGCCGGCAGGCCCAGACCAGGGCUCCAAGGCCACUCCACCAACGCAGGCCCCAAGGCCUCCUGGGGCCUCCCUUGGGUCCUUCCUGUCCAGCACCAGGGACAGAGGGGGUGGCCACUGUGGGCUGUCCAGCGCCAAGAGGGGCUAGUCCCUCCAGUGCCUGGGCCGUCCCCCUGCAAGGCCCCUCAGUCCCCUCAUCACCUGGACCCAGGACUGAGGUCCUGAGGAGGGGACAGCACAGCCCAGGGCAUGUGUCCCCCAGCCGGAGUGGACUGGCCUGGGGGAGGCAUUCCCCUCAAUGGCCAGACAACCCAGAGCUCACCUGUCCACUCUGGGGUCAAGGGUCCAGCUGCCCCUAUGACCAGGUUCAGGAACUGCCGAGGACCAGGUACAAGGACACCCCUCACCGAGGGUGGGGAUCUUGGCUACUGCUCCCCAUCCCAUGUCCCCGUGGGUAGUGACUAUCCUUGGUCCUGUCGUGAUGGUUCGUCCCGUCCAGACCCUCCCUCCAUUUCCCCUCGCAGGCUCGGUAGAGCAGCACGGCCCUGUCGAU